GAGAAGAAAAUCCAAAAGAAAAACGGUCAGUCCACGCUCGCUUGGCGUAGGAAUACCGUGCGUGGAGUAUACAUAUGGCCAAUGGCCUAUAGCUACACCCUAAACCAGAUCCCACGGAAGCUCCUACGUACAUACUACCAUUACGACCAUCAUGGAGUUCUCACUCCUCUGCCUUCCGGUGGCCGUGUGGCUCCUGGUGCUCGCCGGGGCUGACUUCGCGGCGGCGCAACGGAGCCCCAGCUGCAAAACGAUGUGCGGCGACAUCGAGGUCCCGUACCCGUUCGGCUUGGAAAAAGAGUGCGCAAUCCACAGCGGCUUUCAUCUCAACUGCACGACCGCGGACGGCACCACCAAGCUGUUAGGGGGUAACGUGGAGGUGACCAAGGUCUCCGUGCAGGAUAACAAGGCCUGGUUCAAUACUUAUAUCUCCCGGCAGUGCUACAGCCAAUCCAUCAAGAGGAUGACAGACUGGAACGCGUGGAUAAACAUUACCGGCACGCCCUUCGUGGUAUCGGCAGACGAUAACAAAGUCACCGUCCUCGGGUGCAACAGUUUGGCCUACAUGCGAAGCAACGAUUACAUAAUCGGCUGCGUGUCGACAUGCGGCGAGACAAGCCCCAAGAACGGCUCGUGUUCUGGUGCUGGGUGCUGCCGGGUGGAUAUCCCGAGAGGAGUCCGGUAUUAUGAAGGUUUUUUCAACCCAUUAUACAACACCAGCGAGAUCUGGAGGACAAACCCUUGCAAUUAUGUAGGUGUGAUCGCAAAUGAAGCCUUCAACUUCAGCACCACUUAUCUCAACUCGACGGUGUUCUACGACACAGACGGGGCAAAGAAACCAAUUGUGAUGGAAUGGGCGAUUGCACGGAAUACAUGUGAAGAAGCCAAAAUUGACAAGAAUACACCCUACGCGUGUGUCAGCGACCAUAGCAAUUGUAUCACGAAUGAUGCGGGCUAUGCCUGUAGGUGCUCCGAUGGAUACGAAGGAAACCCAUACAUCUACGAUGGAUGCACAGAUAUCGAUGAGUGCCUAGAUAAUGUUAAAUACCCGUGUGCUGGAAUUUGCAAAAACACACCGGGGAGUUUCACUUGUUCAUGCCCACGAGGGAAACGCAUGAUCGGUAGCGUUUGUUUGAAAGAUCAGAAGUCAACCUGGAUGGCACCAGUUGUUGGUGCAAGCAUUGGACUUGUGGUUCUUGUGGUUUCCGUCGCUUGUGCAUGCUCGAUCCAAGAUAGACGAAACCUACACCGCAUCAAACAGAAGUAUUUUCGACAGCAUGGUGGCCUACUGCUAUUCCAGGAGAUGAAGUCGCAACAAGGAAUUCCGUUCAAAAUAUUCUCUGAAGAAGAAGUACAGGAAGCCACAAACCGGUUUGCGGAGCAGCAAGUCAUCGGCCAUGGGGGUCACGGGAAAGUCUACAAGGGAGUUUUGAAGGGCGACGUAGAAGUAGCCGUGAAAAGAUGCAUGACAAUCGAUGAACAACAAAAGAAAGAAUUCGGCAAGGAGAUGCUAAUCCUAUCCCAGAUCAACCACAGGAACAUCGUCAAGCUCCUCGGCUGUUGCCUCGAAGUUGAAGUACCCAUGCUGGUGUACGAGUUCAUCCCAAAUGGAACAUUGUUCCAUCUCAUCCAUGGCAGCCACAGCGGGCACAUUUCCUUGGACACUCGUGUGAGGAUUGCUCAUGAGUCUGCAGAAGCUUUAGAUUACCUUCAUUCCUCUGCAUCCCCACCAAUCGUCCAUGGCGAUGUCAAGUCUGCUAACAUCCUCCUGAAUGGCGACUUCACAGCAAAAGUAUCAGACUUUGGCGCGUCCAUUCUGGCACCAAGUGAUGAGUCGCAGUUUGUAACACUUGUCCAAGGAACUUGUGGCUACCUUGACCCGGAGUACAUGCAGACAUGCCAACUGACAGAUAAGAGCGACGUCUACAGCUUCGGAGUUGUUCUCCUGGAGCUUCUCACACGCAAGAAGCCAUUCAACCUCAAAGGACCUGAGCACGAGAAGAGCCUGUCCAUGGUGUUCCUAGAGGCAAUGAAGGAGAACAAGCUAGAGGACAUCCUAGAUGGUGAAAUCAAGAAUGAUGAGAAUUUGGAGUUUCUCGAGGAGAUUGCAGAGCUAGCAAGGCAGUGCUUGGAGAUGUGUGGCGUCAAUAGGCCAUCGAUGAAGGAAGUUGCAGAAAAGCUUGAUGGGUUGAGGAAGGUCCUGCAGCAUCCAUGGGCACAUAAGGAUCCUGAAGAGCUGGACAGCUUGCUUGGAGAGUCAUCUUCAGUCAACUCGGGGAUUAUCCUUAGCACCGGGAAUUUUAGCAUCACGAAGAAAGUUGCCGUGGGCUUAGAAUCUGGGCGUUGAAUAAUUAGUCUCUAGUCUGCAUAUUGAUUCAUGUAGGUUGCCCUUAGCUUUCAGGAGAUAAUAGCUACGAUGUAUAUGGAUAGGUGAGCAGCUGCCGUAGCUGGCAUGGAAAGCGAAGGCUUGCAAGCUAAACUUCCAUGUCGUCUUCUCCCUUUUGAUUUUGAUUUCUUCAUAUCGUUUGCGUAUAUUUUUCUUUUUUAAUUCUGAUCAGCUUGUAAGCCGAUAUUACUGUGAAACUUUGGUUGUGUGCGAUGCAGAGGCCGGAAUAUCUCCCUUUUCUAAAAAAAA